AUGGCACGAGGCUUCAACAAACGAACGAAACCCUCUUCCUCUGCCGCAUCGCCCACAGAAAUCCCACCACCCUUCACCAAAGCCCCCUUAACGCUCGCACCCCUCCUGGACCGCCUCGACCCAGCCCAAAUCCACCUCAUCCACAUCGACCGACACCCACCCGCCCACAAACGCUCCAUCUUCCUCAUCCCAGUGGGCCUCAACGCUCUGAUCGCCGCCCUCCUCCUCUGGCGCCUCGCCCACGCCCUCCCCAAAUACUUCACCCUCCUGCAAACCCUCCUCGGCUACACAACAACCCUAACCGUCGACCCCGACCGCACAACCCGGCGCCAACAACUCACAAUCCUGCUCAAGCGCACGCUCAUGUUCCUCGGCGACUUCCUCCUCUUCCGCUUCAUCGGGCCCUGGCCGUUGACGUUCUUCCUCGAACAGCCCGCGAAUCCGUGCACGUGGCGCUGGAACCUCGGGUUUCGGCAAGAGGAGAUUAUCGUCAGGGUGAGCCGACAUUGGGGCGUGGAGGAGUUGUUGGGAGGGGGCAAGAAGGGGGAGGAGAGUCCGUUCUUCAAGACGAGGGUUCUGACAGCCAUCGAGCCGAGUUUCAUGCGCAAGACGGGGUAUUUAAUGAUGGACAAGAGCUGGGACCUGGAGUUCGAGGUGAUGCAAGACGCGCACGAACUGGUUAAGCGCGGGGAUCUGCGGAUCGGGGAGAUCGACAAACUCGUGCUCGCGCAUCAAGAUGGACAGGGGUGGUUGUGCUGGCGGUGGGAGACGGACGACGAGGUUGUGGAGGGGCGGAGGAGGAAGGUUGUGCAGUUCAAGGAGGCGUUGACGGGGAUGGGCAAGGAGAGUUUGUUUUGGAAGUGGACGGAGAUUGUGGAGGAGGAGAGGGAUGUUGAUGGGGGGUUUACGAGGGACAGGCAGGAGAGGGUUGCGAGGAGGGUGGGCGAGGAGUUUGAGAGGGAAGGGGUGGAUUUUGAGGAGGUUGUGGGGAGGAUUGGGGGGUUGGGGGAGGUGCCUACGAAGUAG